CGAGCAAGCGAGCAGGCUGUCGCGCGGGGUUGUGCUUGCGUUGCACUAGAUUCAGCGACUGACUCGAAUAAUUACGAAGGUCUAGCUGUCGGCCUAUCAUUGCAUGUAAUGUCUGCAAAAGAGAACGCGUCUCUUUCGAGGAUGGCGGCUGCAGUGCCUUAAAAGGGCUACGAGCUCGCCAUGGUGUUCGCAAUGGGUACUACCAAGGAAGACGAAGCCGGAGGCAGUUUGACAGACAAUGGAGCGGCCACCGUUGCUUCUCCCGACACUGCGUCUAAGCUGUCGUCGAGGGAUGCAGGCGCACCGGUGGCGUACUUCGGCGUUGCCUUGGGAGCAGGGAUGAGUCCCUGCGAUGACGAUGAGUUGCCGUUGGUUUUUGUGGACCGCACCCUGGCAUUGCGCUGCGUAAAGAAGUACCGUGGAGCUCGGUUUAAGGCUUUUGGCUCCAGGGAGGAAGCGGCAGCUUUCAGCCUUACACCAGCAGUGGCAGUUGUGGAAAGCACGGAUGUGCCAGACUCCACAACCGCAGCACUUAUUGGGGAGAAGAGCAGCAACUACAGAGCUCCGAAGAGUCAGGACUUGGUCCAGCUGCGCAAGGCUAUCGAGGCUGGAGACGCCACCUUCUUCAAGCAAAGUGUCUGGUCCAAUCCUCGCUACCUCGUCGGAAGCGGUGACACCCCGACCAUACUGCAGGAGGGCUACCGGUACAACGCACUGCAUGUUGCCUGUGCCAAGCGGCAGCCCGUGCUGGUGCAAUUACUGCUGGACACCCUGCAGGAUCCACAUUUCCUCGAGCUGCUCUACCCCGACGACAACCUCGACGUGAGAAAUCGGCGCAAGGUGUUUCUCCUCGACCUGUACCUGAACACACCAGACAAAGGGCGUUGCGAGACACCGCUUCACUUUGCCUGCAAGUUUGGCUGCUACGAAGCAGUGGAGCUUCUUGUAGCACUGCCCGAGUGUGAUAAAAACAGGUGCAAUAAGGAAGGACAAACACCACGUGAGAUCAUUUGUGACCGGGUGCCAUCUGCCUCUGCAGACUUAAAAAAAAGGAUGGACUCAUUGUUUGAAGAACGGCUCUUUGUGCCAGUGCUGAGGUCGGAGGACAACUCAGUGGCACCGACAGUCGGGGAACCAUUCUCCCCCAAUGCAUCGACCAUGCACAGUCCUGUGACAAGCCCACGCGACACCUCACUCAGCAUCAUGGCCACUGCAGGACCCAUGUCUCCCACUGAGGCCCGCAGCAUGUACCGCCAGUGGAAGACUCCGAAGCGACGCAGCAUUGGCCUCAAGGAACCACUCUCACCCAUGGACAGCAUGCGGCUUGCUGACAUGGAGAAGGGGCUAGAGCGUAUUGGUCGCGGUCUUGCCAAGGAAAUGAGGGUGCCUUGGAACGAGUACUGGCCUUUCCUUGGCUGCUGGUGCAACUUGGCUUCUCCAGAGGGCUUAGAAAAACUUGAGGCCCACCUACGAAGCAAGCGUUCACAGGUGGUGUCUGAAAGGUGGUCUCUAGAGAAUUCUCCCGUGGCAUCUGACGAACUGUCGCUGUCCAGUCCAAUCAGCCAGCUUUGCGAAGCGUUGGGUGAUCUCAAAUUGGGCCCCACAUUUGAAAAAAGCUGGGGGAGGAGGCAAGAGGGCCAGAACCACCUUCACAAUGCCAAGACGUCGAGGACUCCCAAUGGAAGGGCAGUUUCGGCAGCAGACCCUGGAUGCACCCCUCCUCAGUGCGGAGCAUCGCACAAAGGGGUUUCCCCAGCAGCUCAGCGCUUGGCAAGGGUACUGUUUGACUGGGCAGUGGCCCAUGACGCGGGCCCACAGCCGGAGGCCGAUCUCACCUUGCAGCUAAAUGAACAGAUUCUGCCAGAGCUGGCCCGCCUGGAGCGCCCUGGUGGAACCGAGCUGUGGCGGCUACACUCUUGGCUGGGCCGGGAAGUGCACUUACUUCUGCACGAUAGCCUGGAGCCGUCCGAGCGGCAGAGUUUGGGCCGUGCCCUGAACACGCAGCUGGCACCUCUGUCCACCAAUCGUGCAGCCCCUGCUUCUCCGCCUUCCACCGAUGACGAAGAUGACGGUGGCAGCGUCAGCGACAUGACACGACGUUACCGACAGCCAUCGAGCCGUUGGAGGAAUAGAACAUUAAAGCGGCACCUGCAGUGUGUGCUGCGUUCUCUGUGUGCCUUGUUGGAAACAGACUCAGCCGAUGCGGAACCUUCCCACUGCCAGUGCUCUCAAGGAACGACGGGAAGAUGCGAGACUGCUUUUCUCAGAGAUUGCAAAGCCCCGCCUGUGGAGGAGGAGGAAGAAGAGGACGAAGUGUUUUUCACCCCUCCUACCAGCCCUUGCUCCUCGAGUGGAUCGUCCUCCGAGGCACACACCCCAGACGAGGGUCCACUCUUCUUUAUACAAGGAUCUCGUCCCAGCAAAGUGGACUUGGAUGUGCUGAGGGCCCUGGAGCCAAGUCUGUUGGCGCCAGAUGUGUUCGACCCUCUCACCUAUCCUUGCGUGCACCAGUGGAUGCAGGUUAUUCGCUCAUUUCCUGUGGAAGCCACUUCAAGAUGGCCGAGUCCUACGGUGACGAACCUGAGGCUCACCGUGCGCACGGUAUUAUCGCCAAGCUCUCCAUGUUCCAGUGGAGAUGGCAAGUUUGACGGAUGCCGCACUCCGCAGAGGGAAUCGUUGAGCACUCAACUGCGCCCAAAAGUGCUUUGGAGUGGCAGUCCGAGGCACCCAUGAUAUUACGUACCUGCUUUUGCUGGAGCCCAGUGCCAACUUAUUUGCUUUUGUCGGCAAAUACAUUUGAUCAAAGUGAAACCGGUGGCAGGGUCAGCCAUCUGGGCAUUCUGGUGCACAUACGCACACCUCCGGAAAAAGUGCAGUGCCUCGGGACUUUUGACGGCCUCAACGAUGGGGUACAGUUUUAGAAGAUGACUUGUAAUUUGUAAUUUAUUUAAACGAUUUUUAGAAAUGUUGUGUAAACCUGAUAAUAUUCUGUCUGCCAAGCUCCAAGUGUACCGCUUCUAACAUACGUGUCUUACUGUGAUCGCUUGAUAAUGUCGUAAAGACAAAUCAAUGUGCGUAAGCUUUUUAGCAUGGAGUGGUUGUUGCUUCAGUGCUACACUCCGAUAUUACGAAAACGAUUUGGCGGUGCCUGCUCUGUGCUCUUGGGGCAAACAAAAACAGAAGCUCUAAGGGGGCUGCUUCAACAAAUUGUCCAAAAUAGCUUGGAAAAGGAAGGGAAAAGGCGGGAAAAAUGAAAUCUUAAAUUCUGUUCAGGAAAUCUUGUCAAUGUUGGCUUUUAAUUACUGUGUACACUUCCUUAUUGCAUUUACCAUUUAUAUAUUAUUUAUUUUUCAAAGUAUUUCAGAAUGGGAGGACUCAAUGUUGUGAUGCUGUAUGCAGUAUGUUGCAGUGCACAUAUCAAGCUGCUUUUACAUUAGGCUGCACUUCAUGCUCAACUUCCACCAAUUCUGAGCAGUGAUGGAAGUUCUGUUCCAAUCGCUCCCCACUGCUCCAAAAGAGAAUUUCCGCUCCGUGCUGCUCCAAGCAGUAAUGUUUGUUAGUAAUUGCUCUAAAGCUGCUCCGAAAUGACACGGGUGGUAUGAGAAUGACACAUUUACUGUUUGACCAACUCGUAAGUCCUAAAGAAACUGAAGAUAAUCUGUUUACAGUAGACUCUCAGUAAACGGAACCUGAAGGGACCGGGAGAAUGUGUUCCACUUAACAGGAGUUACGUUUACCAAUAGGUGAACAUGGGUGCAGAAUACAAGCCCAUAACCAAGCAUUGCAGAGGCAAUAGUUUCGUUUAAGCAGUAGUUCUGUUUAACAGAUUUCCAUUUACAGAGAGUUUACUGUAGUAUCAUCCUAGUGUGCUCUGUAGCAUUAUCGGAUGGUAUCUCAUUUGUGUGAAAAGAAUUGGCGUAUUAAGUAUAUAGUUCAAUUGUAUUUUUUUUCAUAGCUUGAUUGAUAUGUAGGGUUUAACGUCCCAAAACCACCGUAUGAUUAUGAGAGACGCUGUAGUGGAGGGCUCCGGAAAUUUCGACCACCUGGGGUUCUUUAACGUGCACCCAAAUCUGAGCACAGGGGCCUACAUUUCCACCUCCAUCAGAAAUGCAGCCGCAGCAGCUGGGAUUCGAACCCGCGACCUGCGGGUCAGCAGCCGAGUACCUUAGCCACUAGACCACCGUGGCGGGGCUCUCACAGUUCCUGGGCAGAUACUAAAUGUCAAUAACCUAUGGCACAUACCCGCAUACCAGUGGCACAUAUCCGCCCGCGGGUAUGUGCCACUGUUUGGCGCGAAGUGUUUGUUGACGUACGGGAUGGGAUUGUGACGUUAUUCAGACCUUGACAAGCCACUAGACCACCGUGACAGGGCUUUUUUUUUUUUUUUUUUUAAGCUAGACAUGCAGGCUAAUGUAGUAAAAUGUGAAAAUUAACAGGAUCGCUUAAAUCUCAUACCGAUCAUCUGCUGUUUAUUUGACAACAGUUAUAUGAGACUGCACGCUUACUUCUAAAAUGUGGCGCUCAGCUUCUCUGGUUUGAUUUGAUUUCUUCCACAAAUAUUUUAGUAUUUUAAAUUGUAGCUCAUUUCACAGCACAUUUUGAUUACCUGCUUGGGAUGUAAAAGCAGCGCAAAAUAUAUAGACAAGGACAGAGGAAGAGACGACAAUGCGCUGACAGGAAGAGACGGCAGUGCGUUGUCGUCUCUUCCUCUGUCCUUGUCUAUAUUUUUUGCGCUGUUUUUACAUCCCAAGCAUGAACCAUCAACUAGCCCAACUUUCACUACGUGAAAUUUACAUUGAUUGUUGCCUGUUAAAUAUAUUUUAUAAGAAACAUAAUAUUUACGAGAUGUAUCAACAAUUUUCUGACCGCCAAAUAAUGUACGGCAAAUUUAAUAUCUGCUCCUAAGACACCAAUAGCUGCCCUGAACUAGCAUUUCUUUUCUGCUCCGAAAACACUUGUGGCUGUUCAGGAGCAGUGCUUUUAGUGGUGCAAAGUAUGUUCCAAAAACUAAAAAGGCCGUUCCAUCACUGAAUUCAUGAAGUCUAUUUGCGAUUCAGGGCUGAAUAUCUUUCCAAAGCUGUAUGUAACGAGUCGACUCCACUUUGAACAAAUGUAGAUUGUGCCAGAGAGAGGGGUGCUUCUGUUGUUUGCACAUCGGUAGUUAUACACUGAAAACUUAGUAUAGCAAAGUUGCAUCUUGCAUGAAAAUAAGUUAUAUUUUUCCAAAAAUUCGCUAUAAAGGUAUUUUUCUAAUGCUAUAUCUAUUGCUAGGUUAUUUCUCAUUAACUUUGUUAUAACCGUUAUUUCAUUUUAUUCGGAUUCUUUAUAUCGAGGUUUGAGUGUAGUACUGCUAGCACACGACGAGCCAAAAGCUACAAGCAUGUGCUAUAGGCUGCAGCUUCUUAUUAACAGUAAGUUGGGCCUGUUCCUUUCUGUAAGAAGUUGAACUGAUAAAUGUCUAAUGCAUUCUGAAGACUUAUAUAGCUCUCGUGUGUAAAUUGCUGUAUAGUUCUAUCUCUUGCUCCAUGCUUUUUUUGUGUGUGUGUGUGCCCAGUAAAAUUUUAGUUGAAAGUGUG